ACAGUAGUUUGCUGUCAUCCAGAUCAACAAGCCACUAUUUUGGAAGCAGUUUGAUAAACAGGCACUGUUCCUCAGUUGGUGUCAGUCGCUAUCUGCGUUUCCAGCAGGACGUUUUACGCGCACUCAGCGAUAAGCCAGCACAACACUAGCCAGCCACACAGCCCUGAACCGAUAAGGUUGGACGACAUUGUCAGUUGAACUUUAAGACAACUAACGUUCGCUGGUUUUUCUAUAAUUUCCACAUCAGGCGAACGGUCUUGUUAACCGACUAGCUGACGAUAUUUACAACCGAGCUAGCGAGAACGCUUCAUCGUUAAUCUGGCAACUUGUCACGAGCGCUAAACGUUAGCCAACUUCUUCUUUUUUUUUUUUUUUUUACCAAACAGAGCAAUACUACUCGGCUUGUUGUUGUUUUUUAUGACAAGCAAGCCCUUUUUCUCAACCAACCGUUUAUUUACUCGAAGAACUUUAUUUAAAAAAACGUUGUUUUUUAAAAACCAAACUGACGCUAUUUGCUUAAUAAAGAGGCCAAAGCAACAUUAGCUACUGAAGAAGUGUCAGCCUCAGCUAACACCAAACCCUUAACGUCAACCAUUUCUAACAACCAUUAAGGAAGAGAGGAAAAAAAGCUCAACUGUCAGAAUAGCCACCUGAGAAGAAGGGACCUAAGGCACGUUGUGUAGAGCCACAGAAUCCCUCAUCGGAUUGUUAUAUUAUCAGUGUUAUUCUAGAAAAUGGCGGCGAUCGGAAUGGUGCAGAUGUUGAUCGAAGCAGCAGAGUACCUCGAGCGCAGGGAACGAGAAGCCGAACACGGCUAUGCCUCCAUUCCACCCUUCAUCAGCAGCCAAGAGAGGGAAAGCUUGAAAAGGAAAAGCAAAAGCAAGAAAAACACAAGUAGCAGGUCUACACACAAUGAAAUGGAAAAGAACAGGCGGGCAAAUCUAAGGCUGUGUUUGGAGCGCUUGAAAUCGCUCGUUCCAUUAGGAGCAGAUGCUAACCGGCACACCACCCUCAGCCUGCUGAUGAAGGCCAAAGAUCAUAUCAGGAGGUUGGAGGAGAGCGAUAGGAGAGCUCAGCACACUGUGGAGCAGCUACAGCGGGAGCGGAGACACCUGAGGAGGCGUCUGGAGCAGCUCGGGGUGGAGAGGACCCGCAUGGACAGUACCGGCUCCACUGUGUCCGACAAGUUCGACUCUGACCAAGAGGACCUGGAUGUGGAUGUGGAGGGGACGGACUACCUGCUGGGUGACCUGGAGUGGAGCACCAGCAGUGUGAGCGACUCGGGGGACGAGCGAGGCAGCCUGCGCAGCAGCUGCAGCGACGAGGGCUACUCCAGCGCCAGCCUGCUGCUCCUGCAGGACUCUCAGGAGAAGGCCAAGCAGUUAGGCUGCAGCCUAUAGACGGCACUGGUCACUGACCCAACUCCAGCCUCCCCAACCCCCCACCCCCUAGAUUGCCUCACCACUCCCAAAUCUCGCUCAGACCUCACCAUCUCCCCUCCCUCCCCUACUCGCUCCAUACAUGCCAGGACUGACCAAGUCUGAGGCCUCUAGUCCAGCAGGACCUCUGCAGACUUCAGCACCUCCAAGACACCCGCCCACAAUCCAGCCCAUCGUCAGCGGUCAGUCUUUAGGGUGUCACCCAAUCUGCUCGGCGCCAAUCAAACGAGUGGGAUUUUAAAGACACUCCACCCCUCCGUCUCUCCGUCCAUUCAUCAGAAACACAACUUUCAGCCAGAGAAUGUUACCACACAAUAUCCCACUGCCUCGUUUUCUACGCCUCAAGAGCCAUGGGAAGCACUUAUGAGAUUUCACCCCAACGUCACACACACUUAGACACACAUGCACCCCUCUAUCCCUCCAGCGAGACAGAGUCCUCCCAAAGGUGUAACACUGACAUGAUGUCGGGCUUUUUUUCUGCCCUGCUCACCGGUAAACCAUCUGUGCAUGGUACUUUGCACUUAUGAUUGCUUUUGUAAACAAAACUAUUCUUCUUUUUUUUUCUUCCCAAAUGCUGUCUCUGAAAAACGUAAAGCCCCCCCCCCACUCGAGUAUAACGAUGUAUUGUGUUGGACUGUUUGUGCCGGCAGCAAUACGUCCCUUGGUACCCGGGCAUUGGCAGGCUCGUAACUCACUACCCUGUAAUCUGUCCACCUGCCAUUCAGAGGUACAAAAGUAACACCAAAACAAAAGAAAUGUGUGCAGCAUGAGAUUGUGAAGGGGCCGGGGUAUAAAGGACGGUUUUAGGGGUGGGUUUGAUGUUUUCUGCCUCUCUCUGAUGACUGUGGCGUUUUUACAGCAUCCUUUAAUCGUAACUGUGUGUAUGUCAAGUAGGUCACGAGCAGGUUUGGAAACUUUUUAACCCCAGCCUUCAGGCUGAACGCUGGUAUAUCUUGGCAGGGGCUGGGACAUUUGUGUGCACUACUUCAUCGCUGCCCCGUUCACCAGGUAUUAAUAGGAAGGGAAGAGCAUAUCCACUGAGAGCAGUCGAGAGACUGGAGCACAUUCCAUAAUGACGAGAGGCAGGUAAGAUUGAGAGCAUCAUUUUUUUGCAAGGAGAGGUUCCUGCCAAUUAUUUAUGAAGGGAGAGUACAGUUUGAGACCAGCCGAAUCAGCCUGAAAAAGAGCAGGCGUUGACUUUUCUGUGUGAGCACACACACUGUUCACAUAUGAAAAGCACUAAAAUGUAAAAAAAAAACAGAUUUUCCCUCUUUUGCUUUGCCUACUUAGCUAUUUAUUGUUUCUGCAAAAAUGUUAAUGUAAAUAGUUUACAGAAAUAUCUCUAUGUCUAUCAACAAAUGUAUUUAUUAGAUAUACUAGAUAUAUAUAUGAAUAUAUAGAACUAUAUUUAAUUAGUCAUAGCUUAUGGUCUUCUUGUGAGGUUUAUUGAGAGUUUAUAAUGUGUAGUUUGUUUGCACAGCCUAGUCAACCCAUAGAGUAUUUAUAAAUGUCUCUUGUGCCUCGAGGCUUUUGUGUCGAAAAUGAAAUGUUUUCUCUGUGGUUGAUCAUAAUUUUGUUGCUGUUUUCAAAGCUCUCUUUCCCCUUUUUAAAUAUGGGAAUAAAAGGAAGGAAAAAAAAAUCAGAAUAAUUUAUAAAAACUUAAAUUAAAAAGUAUAAAAAUGAGAGGAGCUGGUGGCCAGGUUAAGCGGUGGUGACGAUUCCUCUGGCAAAGCUGUUUGCACAUCUCCGUGCCUCGGAACCUCAAACAAAAUGGCUGCUCCGCCUCGUGAGGAUUUAGCGUUUUGUUUGGUUCAAAAUCAUCACAGGCAGGGAGAGGAUUGCAGCUUUUCGAAUGUAGAUGUCCUCCACCCUGCAGUGUAGCAACACAGUGCCAAUGGGACGUCCCUGCUCUCCACCGCUUGCAAAUCUCAGCGAAAGCAUGAAGAUGAAUAGGAAAAAAAAAAUAGAUCUAGGAAUGUUUAGUGUUUUGAUUGUGGAAUGCUGCUGUUUUUUUUUUUUUUGUCAAAUUGAAACUUUUUCAAAAACGGAGAGGUGCUGUGUAGCCACGUUAAAAGGAGGACGGACUAAAGGGGACAUGUAAUGAAAAUAAGGUGCGAGUGGGCAGUUGUGUUCACUGAAAGGCCAUCUGUGUGUGCAUGUGUACAGUGUGUGUGUGUUUCGUCACUGUCUUCAGAGAGAAAUAUUUGGGGUGGUUGAGGGCGGGUGGUUUUUAAAAAAGAAAGAAAAGAAAAUAGUAAGGAUACAUUUCUGUUCUGGUUCUUUGUUCAUUUGUUUACUAGUUAAAUGCAAAAAAGUCCACUUUACAAAGACUUCAUGUAUUAACCUUUUAAGCAUUAAUGUCUGUCUAUGGGAGUCUACUGUUUUCUCCUAUUUUCCAUCUCUGUGUGUGUGUAUGUGUGUGUGUGUGCGUGCGUGUGCAUCCAUGGUGCAGGCGAGGCAGGUGUGCGUGGUGGAGCAGUGUAUGCGUCAACGAUCACCUGCAUACUGUUGCUCUUCACCUCCACCCUUCCUCCCCUGGUGCUCUCUGCAUCUGCCUUUUUUAAAGAGGCAGGUGUGGAAUAUCUCAAAGAACAAGACUACAGUCAGACCAGUUGUUUAAGCUACAGGUUUCAGCUUCAGGGGGAACAUGUGUUCAUGUGUAUCAAGUGGCUGAUGAUGCCUUAAAAACAGACACAACCUAACAGAAGUAUACAAUAAGUAUGAGUAUAUAUGAUAUGUACCGACAUGUAUCACAAGGGCCAUUCCUUUUCAUUGUGACCGUCACAGGCGUGGUGCUUUCAUGCGUUGCGCACACACACACACACACGCACACACACACACACACACACAGCAACACACACACACAGCGUCAUAGCUCCAUGAACAUCGUUGUCGCCUGCCGCCUUUCUCCUCAGAAAGGUCAAAUGUAUGUUUAUUGAACAAUAAAUUAAAGGAGGGAGUUUUGUGCACUUACUUUUUAAAAAUUGGAUAAUUUGGACACUGUUGUCUAAAGAAAUCACUUAAAAUGUGGAGGAAACAAAAACCCUUUGAAAAUGAAUCGUGGAGCAGCAAUUUGUAUUUGCUAUUGAUAUUAAAGGAAUAAAACAUUUGAAACCCUUCUUUACCUA